AUGCAAAUGAUGACCAGGGACACUUUGCUAGAAAUGGAGCAGGAGGAGGACGACGACGAGGAUGGGGAUAUCGGUGAUGUUCCUGCCUCCAAGAGGCCUUUUCUGACUCCCCACACUCUCCACUCAUCCAGUCUGGUGUUGGAAAACCUUGGACAGACAGUUGUCUCCAAUUUUCGAUCACUGGAGAGUCAACCAGAUUUCCGAACACCGGAGUUUGAAGAAUUUAAUGGAAAGCCUAACUCCCUCUAUUUUAAUGAUGGCCAGCGAAGAAUCGACUUUGUUCUUGUGUACGAAGAUGAAAGUAGAAAGGAGAACAAUAAAAAGGGUUCAAAUGAAAAGCAAAGGAGAAAAAGACAAGCAUAUGAAUCUAACCUCAUCUGUAAUGGCCUGCAGCUAGAAGCAACAAGAUCGGUUUUGGAUGACAGACUUGUAUUUGUAAAAGUGCACGCACCUUGGGAGGUGUUAUGUACAUAUGCUGAGCUAAUGCACAUCAAAUUGCCUCUGAAACCCAAUGAUAUGAAAACCCGGUUCUCAGCCUUCAGUGGUUUCAACUGGUUUACCAAGUUCCUCAGAGUGGAUGAAAGUAUGAUCAAGCCAGAGCAAGAGUUUUUCACUGCCCCAUUUGAGAAGAACCGGAUGAAUGAUUUUUACAUUCGUGAUCGAGAUACCUUCUUCAACCCAGCCACUAGAAGCCGUAUUGUUUACUUCAUCCUGUCCCGGAUCAAGUAUCAAGUAUCCAACAACGUUAGCAAGUUUGGAAUUAACAAACUUGUAAGCUCUGGGAUCUACAAGGCAGCUUUUCCUCUCCAUGAUUGCAAAUUCCGUCACCGAUCAGAGGAUUCCAGCUGCCCUAGUGAACGGUACCUUCUGUAUAGAGAAUGGGCUCAUCCUCGAAGCAUAUACAAAAAGCAGCCCUUGGACCUCAUCAGGAAAUACUAUGGAGAGAAGAUUGGAAUCUAUUUUGCUUGGCUGGGCUAUUACACUCAGAUGCUACUACUGGCAGCCGUAGUAGGUGUGGCUUGCUUUCUCUAUGGAUACCUUAAUCAAGACAACUGUACAUGGAGUAAAGAAGUUUGUGAUCCUGAUAUUGGUGGAAAGAUCAUAAUGUGCCCUCAGUGUGAUAAGCUUUGUCACUUCUGGAAACUCAACAUGACUUGCGAGUCCUCAAAGAAAUUGUGCAUCUUUGACAGUUUUGGAACCUUAAUUUUUGCAGUAUUUAUGGGAGUAUGGGUUACCCUGUUUUUGGAGUUUUGGAAGCGGCGUCAAGCAGAGCUGGAGUAUGAAUGGGACACUGUUGAGUUACAGCAGGAAGAACAACCCCGACCUGAGUAUGAAGCACGGUGUAAUCACGUGGUGAUAAAUGAGAUUACUCAGGAAGAAGAACGUGUUCCCUUUACUGUCUGGGGAAAAUGUAUACGUGUAGCCCUCUGUGCCAGUGCUGUCUUAUUCUGGAUCCUAUUGAUCAUCGCUUCAGUCAUUGGAAUCAUUGUCUACAGGCUCUCAGUGUUCAUUGUAUUUUCCGCCCAACUUCCCAAACACUUUAAUGGGACAGACCCAAUCCAGAGGUAUCUGACUCCACAGACAGCUACAUCCAUCACCGCCUCCAUCAUCAGCUUCAUCAUUAUCAUGAUUCUCAACGCCAUUUAUGAAAAAGUGGCCAUCAUGAUUACUAACUUUGAACUCCCAAGGACCCAGACUGAUUAUGAGAACAGCCUAACCAUGAAGAUGUUCUUAUUCCAGUUUGUCAACUACUACUCUUCAUGUUUCUACAUAGCUUUCUUUAAGGGCAAAUUUGUAGGUUAUCCAGGAGAUCCAGUUUAUUGGCUGGGAAAAUAUAGAAAUGAAGAGUGUGAUCCAGGUGGCUGUCUCCUUGAACUGACAACUCAGCUGACAAUAAUCAUGGGAGGAAAAGCAAUCUGGAAUAACAUACAAGAAGUGUUGCUUCCCUGGGUCAUGAAUCUACUUGGACGGUGUCGCACAGUUUCAGGAUCAGAAAAGAUAACCCCACGAUGGGAACAGGACUACCACCUGCAGCCCAUGGGCAAACUGGGAUUAUUUUAUGAAUAUCUUGAAAUGAUUAUUCAGUUUGGGUUCGUCACCUUAUUUGUGGCCUCUUUUCCACUGGCACCUCUGUUGGCUCUGGUGAACAAUAUAUUGGAAGUAAGAGUGGAUGCAUGGAAAAUGACUACCCAGUAUAGACGCAUGGUGCCAGAAAAAGCCCAAGACAUCGGAGCGUGGCAGCCCAUCAUGCAAGGAAUAGCAAUUCUGGCUGUGGUGACCAAUGCCAUGAUCAUCGCUUUCACUUCAGACAUGAUCCCCCGCCUGGUGUAUUACUGGGCCUUCUCUGUCCCUCCCUAUGGGGACCAUGACCACUACACCAUGGACGGGUACAUCAACAAUACUCUCUCCAUCUUCAACGUCAUGGACUUCAAAAGCCAAAGCAGGGGAAAUUCAUCCUUGGGGCUUGACAACCAUACCACAUGCAGGUAUCGUGAUUUCCGGUAUCCUCCUGGACACCCACAAGAGUAUAAACACAACAUCUUCUACUGGCACGUGAUCGCAGCCAAGCUGGCUUUUAUCAUCGUCAUGGAGCAUGUCAUCUACUCUGUGAAAUUUUUCAUUUCGUAUGCAAUUCCAGAUGUAUCAAAAAGCACGAAGAGCAAGAUCAAGAGAGAAAAAUACCUAACCCAAAAACUUCUUCAUGAGAAUCACCUCAAAGAUGUGACAAAAAAUAUUGGGAUUUUAGCCGAGAAGGUGGGAGAAGUAGUAGAUAAGAAUUUACGACCAAAAGUAGAAUAAGAACUUCAUGUUCUGAGACGCACUUUAAAGAAUUUAGCUCUGUCAAAAUAUAUUAUGAAUCACUAAUAAGAAUGUUUUAAGUUAAAUCAUUUUGGCAAAUAUGAGUCUUAAUUAUUGCCACUUCAUGUAGAUUAUUUUUCAGUUUCAGCAUAAAGCUGGAACUGGAAAAUGUAAAACAGAUCAAGAAGGACAUAAAAUUUAUCACCUGAAAAACCUAAAAUGUUACUCUUCUUUUCAUAAUCAGUAUUUUAGUAACAGAAAAGUCUCUUAAUGUGCUUAAAACCAUCACUUCCUAAAGCAGAAUGAAUUCUCUCUUUUUCUCAGUUUGAAUCCUUUUUACUCUCUGUUCUCAGCCACACGAUCUCCUGUAGUUUUAGGCAGUGGUUCAUUUCUUCGCUUUGUCGGAUCUAUUCCAGAGUUGUCUUUCGCUUACAAUACCAUCAAAGACUAGACAUGCUACCACCUUAAUAGCUUCGGUAUAAUUAAAAAUAGCUAGCUCAGAAUUGAGUUUGAAUCCUCUGUUAGGUGGCAAAUACUCAAAAAUUCACCAUAUUUAGGUGCAUUAUUGUUCCUUCACAGAAAGGGAAACCUCAGUUAAUAAGAGGAAAUAGUUUCAGUCGGCAUUUUGGUCUAUCUUUCCAUCUCAAAUCAAUACUUUUAGUGGACUGGCAUGAAGACAGCAAGGUUUUGGAGCAUAUUUGUAAUAAUCCACAGUGACACCUUUUAUCUUCCAGGACCACUCCUAGAAUGUUUUGUGCCUAAUCAAUGUUGACUGCUUUGCAAACCUCAAAGGAAUAAGAUGACAAAAGUGGGGAAAGUUACAGAUUCAAAUAGAAUUCUAACUCAUGUUGACCAGGAUAAUUAAUUUACCUCUUUUACAGAUGUGGAGCUUCUUAGGGAAAAAAAAAAAAAAUGAAAUCACGUGUUAAAAAGUACAUUUUUAUCAACCUAACG